AUGGAACUGGACGACCAGUACUUUAUUUUUGAGAAUCGCCUCGAUUCGUUCCGCGGCCCUCAGCCCGUUUCGAAGGGGAGGGUGUCGAGCGCGACGUCGCGCGCCCCCAAAGCCAUGCACUGGCCGCACAAGACAUUGUCGCCACUUGCGAAAGCCGGAUUCUUUUUCGAUCCGCACCCGAAGAGCCCCGACAACGUGGUGUGCUUUCUUUGCGCCAAGUCGCUUACCGGCUGGGAGGAACACGAUAACCCGGUUGAGGAGCACCUGAAGCACUCUCCAACAUGCGGAUGGGCCAUUAUGGCGGCAAUCGAAGCCGGCUAUGGCAACUAUGGCAAGGUGCACCCGCUCGAUCCUGCCAUGAUUGAGGCGCGGAAGGCCACAUUUGCGGGCCGGUGGCCGUACGAAUCCAAGAAGGGCUUCAAGUGCAAGACUAAGAAGCUUGUCGAGGGAGGCUGGAAGUACACCCCAUCGCUUGACGCUGAUGACAUGACAACUUGUGCCUACUGCAAUCUCGCGCUCGAGGGCUGGGAAUCCGACGACAACCCAUUUGACGAGCAUUACAGACGCGAACCGGGCUGCCCGUUCUUCGCCCUCCUCAACCAGUAUCCUGCCCCGAAGAAGGGACGAGCCAAAGCAGCUAGAGCCUCCAAGGCCUCUCGACUCUCGGUGCAGUCUGUCGCGACCGUUGCCACGGCCGCAUCGGAUCUCAAUUCCGCCGCUGAUAUCACUGCCGACCACGACGACAGUGUUCUGACCACUGUGUCCACCAUGACGCAGGGAGGGAAGAGAACAACAAGGGUGAAGAAAGCCGCGAGCGGCAAAAAACGCAAGACCAAGGUCAAGAAGGACGAAGCGAUCGAGAUCUUGGAGGAUGAACCCCAGGUGGUAGAAGCCGCAAAACAACCGGCUACGAAAGGGCGCAAGCGUGCGAGUGACGCCAUGGAGGAUGCCGCGGCCACCAACGCCGAGGCACCGGCCCUGAAGAAACGAGCUACGCGCGUCAGAGGAAGCGUAGUCUCCGAGACCCCGUCGCUGCCUGACACGGAGAUGGUCGAUGUCAUCCCUCCGAAACAGCCUGCCGCGAGGAAGAGGGCGCGCGCAUCCACCACGAAACCUUCCAGAAAAGUUUCGCGAACUUCAUUGAGAUCCCAGGCUUCUACUGCAUCCCUACGUGCCAACUUACCCGACGACGACGAGAUUGAACGCCAGCUUGAAGCCGAUCUGGAGCGUUACCACAGCGACGCCGAGGAUUUUGCUGCUGAAAAGCCACCAGCCCCUGCUCGGGGCCGACCAAAAAAGGCCACCACUGCCCGCAAAACCAGUGCGCAGCGACAGAAAGCCCAACGCGAGUCCUACGCCAUGUUCGAUCCCACGCCCGUCGUCCCAGACGAGGCCGAGAUUGAAGCCGAGUUUGAAGCACUGAAGGCCGAAAUGGAGAUGGAAGAGACUGCGGCGCCAGAAACACUUGCUGUGCCGAAGCAAGGCCGCAAAGCCGGCACUCGCAAAGCGUCGAAGCAAACCAAAAAGGUUAAAGAGCCAGUGACCACGUCAGACCCGGCUGCGCAACCUGAUGAAGAUGCCCCAUUGGUUGAAGCAGUUCAAGAGGCUGGACAACGCCAACAACAACAGGAGCCGGAGCCGGAGUUUUUCGAUGAUCCCGAUGCGAGCUCCGGGACCGUGGUGACAAAGCCUGCUAGUCACCCCAGCACCGAAAAACGGGGCAGGGGGCGGCCAUCAAAGAAGUCGACAUCCUCGCAGGCUUCAGCUAGAGGCCGUCGUUCCCAGCCCGCCACGCCGCGACGACACGGCACUCCUUCCAGACGCGCUAGCCAGGCGGCCGUCUCUCCGCUCCGGUCCCCGCAAUCCUCCGACGCCGAGAACCGCCCGCCCCCGCUGCGGCCGGCCGCGAGCAUCGUGUCCAAGCGGGUCGUGCUCGCGCCCCUCUCGCAGACCCCGCUGCGCGCCUCGCCGUCGCGGCGCAACAUCGUCGCCGGCCUGCAGAGCACCACGCCCUGGCGCCCCGCCGACCUGGACCUGCUCUUCUCCUCGCCGGCCAAGGCGGCGGCCCAGGAUGGCGGUAGCGGCGGUGACGAGGACAAGGAGAACGACGGCGCCCUGGCCGUCGCGAGGCUGCUGCGCAAGGGCGCCGAGCUGACCAGCCCCGAGAAGCGCAUGACCGUCGAGGAGUGGAUCUACCACAACGCCGGGCUGGCCGAGCUGAAGCUCAGGCACGAGUGCGAGGCCAUGGUGUCGGCUUUUGAGAGGGAGGGGAGCAGGGCGAUGAGUGUGCUGGAGGGGCUUGUGGUUGAGUGA